UUGUUCCUUUUGCCCGCGGCUCUGUGCUGAAGAUACCCUGUCGCUCCCUGCCCCACGCUCCCGGCUAGCGGGUCGCAGGGCUGCCGCUGUCUGCCCAGGAGGUGAUGAUGGAGGGUCGGAAGGGGAGUGCUGCAGAGGCAGCUCCUCCAGCCACUUGGCUGCUGCCCGGUGAUCCUGGCCCCAGGGGCCGCUCCCAAAGCGACAUCUCCUCCUUCUGUUCCUCCAGAAGAAGCCACCCGUUGAGGUUCAACACCACAGGCUCAGUUGAUGGAUUAGACAAAGCUUCAAUUGCAAAUUCUGAUGGGCCAACCCCAGGAUCCCAGACGCCUCCUUUCAAGAGAAAAGGCAAACUCUCUACCAUUGGCAAAAUUUUUAAACCUUGGAAAUGGCGGAAGAAGAAGACCAGUGACAAAUUUAAAGAAACAUCAGCAGUGUUGGAAAGGAAGAUUUCCACAAGACAAAGUAGAGAAGAGCUGAUAAGAAAGGGUGUUCUGAAGGAAAUGCCUGAGCAAGUUGGUGAUGUAACAGUAAAUUUUGAAACCUCAAAUGGGCACACCAUAACUAUCAGUGAAGAAACCAUCCAGGAAGAAAAUGUAGUAAAGACCACAGAAGACAAUGGCUCCUUAUCUGCCAAAGCGUCAGCUGUCGAAGGGAAAAAAGAAGAUAAAAAAGAAAGCACUGUUAACUGUCCUGAAAAACUGGCAUCCCAUGCUCCACCGCCGCCUAAGUCUAGGCCUAAACCUAAAAAAGCAUCAAUACCUCCAAAAAAUGUUACUGCUGCUGCCACCGCCACCAGCCAUAAGAGUAAUGAAGCACCUCAUGUUAAAAAAAAAGUCAAGGCUCCUGCUAAGCAGUCCCCUGUUCCACCUCCCAAGCCAGCAGGUCACAAUGCAAAUCGAGAAGCUGCUAGCUCCUCUCACGUAAAAAAAUUACCCAUCUCUAAGUCAUCUUCUUCACAAUCUCUUUCAUCCACAUCAUCUCAUCCAAAAGCCUCUAAGGAGACAGCACCUAGUAAAACGGGCACAUCAGGGACUGCCAGGGUCAAGAAAAAACCGGGGAAGCAGUCAGCCCCACGAACCCGUGCAGAUGGGGAUGUUUCUUCCACCUCCAAUGCAGCAGCAAACAGUUUAGAAACAAAGGUGGAAAGCUCUCAGCCAGAGCAACCUUCCGUCAUAAUUUCUGAAUUUGAAGAUACAGACCAGCAGAGCAAACUGAUUGUCCCUCCUCCUCCCACUGCUCCUCCUCCUCCACCACCGCCGCUGCUGCCGCCUUCCUCUCCUUCUUCAGCCAGUCAGUCCACUGGCUCCUCAGAAACACCAGAUGUACCCAUUAGCACCAAAGCAGGCCUGUCUGUCCCAGGCUCAGAUUCUAAUCCUCUUCUCCAGACUGAACAUGAAACAGACAAUGAAGACCUUAGCAGUAUAGCCCUAGACAAUAGCCUGGAUAGGAGUGAAGAAAACACAACAUGUUCAGUUACCAAAGACGACCAGGAAGAGGAAACUCCUAACCUAGCAAGUUCUCAACCAACAGAAGAACCUCCUGAACCUAUGGAAAGUGAGAGCAGCAAAGAGAGCCACACCAGCGACUCCGAUUCAGAUGGGCCAAUACUCUACACUGAUGAUGACGAUGACGACGACGAUAACACAAGUGCAGAAAGCUCUUUGGCAAGUAAAAUCCGUCGUAGGGAUACUCUUGCUAUCAAACUUGGCAACAGACCAUCUAAAAAAGAAUUGGAAGACAAAAACAUCUUGCAGCGUACCUCUGAGGAGGAGAGGCAGGAAAUCAGACAUCAGAUCGGAACGAAGCUAGUGAGGAGACUUAGCCAGAGGCCUACAACUGAAGAGCUAGAGCAGAGAAAUAUCCUGAAGCAGAAGAAUGCAGAAGAAGAACAGGAAGCCAGGAGAGAAUUAAAACGCAGUCUCAGCAGAAAGCUCAGUCUGAGACCUACAGUGGCUGAACUGCAGGCAAGAAGAAUCCUACGUUUCAAUGAAUAUGUGGAGGUAACAGAUUCCCCGGAUUAUGAUCGCCGAGCAGACAAGCCUUGGGCAAGGUUAACUCCUGCAGACAAGGCAGCAAUACGGAAAGAACUGAAUGAAUUUAAAAGCACAGAAAUGGAAGUACAUGAGGAAAGUCGACAGUUUACAAGCAUGUCCCAGAUGAAAUUCCAACAGUCUGCAGGUAUGGGAGGAGAGCCCUGCUUCCACAGAAUCACUGAAAACUAUAUGAAAGUUUCAUCGUCCAUAAUUGUUUGACAGUAUCCCAUACUUCACGCCCCAGUUUCCUUUGGGAAAAUCAUUGCAUCAUGAAGACCUGGAGUAUGCACUGGAACUUGAAUGAUUGUGAGUGUGUGUUGCACGCUUACCCUGAGGUUAUGAAGAAUGUGGCCCUCAUCUUUAUUAGAGAACAAGAGAUUUAACUGGUACCAGAACCCAGGGAAAUGUGGGGUAGCAUUCCAGAUUACGAAGGCAAGUCUUGAUGGUCAAGAGAUUGUGAUUCUGUGGCUAGCUCACACAGAUACAUUGAGAUUUUUCAUCAAGCUUGAGCAGACAAGAGAGAGCUGAAGACAAUCGUUUGACAAGCCUGUGGCCAACGAACUCAUCAGACUUUACAUCAUGGUUGACCAAUGGUAAUUGUGGUACAGUGGGAACACAGAGAGAGGUGGGCAGGGAAAGAGACUUUGCCUGUCAAUUAACAGAAAAAAGUUAGAACAAACUGGUAGUAAAUUCUUUAUGAAAAACUGGUUUAAUUAUAUAUUUGCAUGGCAGGAGGAAAGAUUUGUAAAUCUGGGAGUUUACGAACUGUGUGUGUGUUUUCUAGAGACUUUGGCCUGUUCUAGCAAGAUAGUACGCCACCAAGUCCUCAUUCAUCAGUACUUUAGUGAAGUACAGUAUUUUUUGUGGUGCCAGUGAACCUACUUGCCAGAAAUAUUGUUAUAAUUAAGAUGUAUUUUUAAAAAUUCUGAAAAGCAUGCUUAAAGAAAAUACAUUGAGUAUUCGUAUAGCAUAGGCUAAAUAUGGUUGGUGGUUUUUUAAUAAGUUACACCUGGGAUUCUCUAUGAUAAUGCAUCAGAAUUACACAAGUAGGUUUCAAAGAACAAAUAAUAGGACACUGUGAGUGCAAUGAAAGGAUUCAGAUUUUGAAACACUCUUCUUUUGUCUGUCACUCACGUUGUUGUCAAAGUAGUGGCACCAAUAUCUCUGUGAACUAUGGCAGACAGUAUUGACAAUCAUGACAUUCUAAUUUGAAUCCAGAAUUAGAACUGAAAUCAGCCCAUGAAUUUGCAUAUAAGUAGGUUUGGAAAGUGGUUAACAAUGUGACGUAACUUUAAGAGCAACAUUAGAUGGAUCCCUUGAUUGCUUCUAGAAAGAAUUAAUAUGUGGAUCAGUACAUCUUCAUCAAGGGCCUGUAAAAGCUACAGAAAAUCCUUAGUGUCCACAGCUUGUUCUUGUUGUAUGCAAAGAAUGCUUAUUAACUCACAACUUCUGAAAUUGUAUGUGUGAAUACAAUACUAUUAAAAUUAAAUGUUAUGGAGCGUGAAAGGCAAUAUGUGCUUUUGUUAGGUCAGCCCUAAGGCCUAUUACAAGCCUUUGGCAUGUUUACACUAAAAAAUUCUCUGUCUAUAUUGGCACUUAUUAUCCUUUGAUUAUGUACACAACUGACUUUUCUGUGCCUGGAGUACACAUAACAUAUAUGUAAUACAGUAUUACAGUAUAUAUACUAUUUAUCCUUUUUUAUAUGUGUAUAUAAUACACUUUAUUUUGUCUUUAUGUGCCCUGUUUAGUUUUAAUUAUGAAAGCUAGGUAUUUUUCAGGCAAUAAAAGGUCUGUGCAGAGUGAUUUUACCUCAGAUUCUGCAGUAGGUUCUUGUGGAGUGUUUUUAACUUAUAAAAUUGAAGAUUGUCAUUUUAGAUGUCAGCCUAAAGGCGGGAAUGCAAUUUAGUGGCUAAAAUAAGAUCUCCUCUCUUUACUGAUAUUUACAACAAGACCAGGUUUGUUUAAUGGAUGGAUUAUUUUUGUAAAGGGCCUUCAAGUAAUAGCAGGGUGCUUUCCAUGAGCUGGCUCCCUGUUUAUUUUUAAAAUAGAUUGAUUUAAAUAUUUAAGGAAUAGGUUGAGUAGGAACUCUAAGAACACUUUAAUUUGGUAAAAAUCCUACAGAAGCAGGGUAUGAACCCCAAAUAUGAAUAACUAGUAAAACAGCCACUACAAGCUUGUAGCAAAUAAAAAUAAUCAGCAUUGUCCGCUCUUACUGGAAUCAAUUAAAUAUAUUAAAAUAGAAUUAGUAGGAAACAAUUAGCUUCUGCAAUGCCUCAUUUUGUAACUAGGGAAGGCAGCAUUUUUACAUUCAAAGAAGCCAUGAAAAUGUGUGCCACACUAAAUCAUACCGAUAUGUGCAAGCAUUAGUUACAGUUUUUGACAGAAUUCCUAUUAAAAUCCCUUAAUUUCAGGGUUUUAAACCUUAGCCAUAAAAGUGUACCCUGGAUUAAAGCUUGGCAAAACAAUCUUCUUCUCCAGAAACUGUUUUUGUUUGUUUGUUGCCAAAUUUAGAAGAAAGUGUGGAGUGCAAAAUAGUGUAGAAGUUUACUCUUUUUAACACUGACUCAUAUAUUUGAGUUUUUGUUUUCAAAAAAAUUAAAUGGGACAACUGACAGGUCCUAAUACGACCAAUCACUUUGAUAGUUUAAAAAAUAUUACCAAGGGAUUAAAUUUAGAAAAGUGGCUAUGACAUAUACCUGUAAAAUGUUCACAAAUGUAUGGCUUGACCCUGCAAAUGCUAUGCAGGAUAGAAGUCCCAUUGAUAUACUGUGGAGUAAUGACUACCCAUGUAAGUUAAAGCCCGCAGGACUGGGAAUUUAGGGCCCGCUUCUAUUCCCAGUGAAAUCAAUGGGGGGCUUGCCAUUGAGAACAUAUGCCCUUUUAUAUAUUUGACAACUCAUAGAAGCUACCAUGGCCUCCAUUGUUAAAAUAAGAUACAAACCAUGGCCCUAAUUCAACAAAGCACUUAUCCACUUGCUUAAAAUGGGAUAAAGGAAGUUGACCUCAGUAGGACUUAUGCACACACUUAAGUGCUUUGCUAAAUUAGAACUUACAAAUUGUUUAUAUAUAAUAUACAUACACGUUUAACCCUGUACAUAUAUUUUAUAUAUUGUAAAUAGCAACGGGUUUGGAGGACAAAAGUUGUAAAGUGUUGACCAAGUGAUAGACAAGUUAAUGAGAUUGUGAUACACUGUAGUGCUUGAUGAGACAAGUUUGCUUUUUCUUGCUGAGCUGCACAGCUUUCAGAUCUCUCUCUUGGUCCUUUGUACAAGUUGCCUCAGAUCUUUUUCAAAUUGCUGUAGUGGAAAGGAAUAUGAUGCGUAUCUAACCCCAGAGAGGCUGGCAGCAUGCAACUCAGCAAGAAAUAAUCACAAGUACUGUAAUAUGAGGCCUAGAGAAGGAAAAACUGGUUGGAGAGGGUAAACAUGGCAGUCCCUAAGGCAGAAAAUGAGAGGGAAAAGAGGUGAAAAAGUUCCCACCAUGGUGCCAAACACAAUCCAAUUAGCUGAAAUGGGUGAUGUGAUCAAUGUUAGUUUGAACUUCUGUUCAGAUAGACAAUUAAUACAAUUCUAUUUUAGGAUACUUGACCAUGGCUUAGUUACCUGUAUUGUGUUCAGCAAUCCAAGUGGACAUAAAUAUAUAUACAAACACACUCAGUAGACUGGAGUAACCAUUUCAAAAUUAUUGGACAUAUAAUAGACUCAGGUCUCAAUCUUACAUUUGUCUUGCAUCUAGACAUCCCAUUACAUUGUACUUGAGGGUACACAGGAUUGGGUCAUUUAAAAAAUUCUAAACUCUUAUGUACAAAGCAGAUUGAAAUGUCUGAAGGAGUCACUCCAGCCUCUUAGAUGAUAUUUGUAUCUCUUUGUUAGUGAACUGAGAAACUUAUAAAAAUUGUAUAAAAUCCUAAAUAAUUAAUAGGAAUUACUGUAGACUUAAAAAUUAAACCUGUUUUAAGACGAGAUGCCAGUAGCUAGAAUCAUUUGGACAGGGAUUGCAGGCCUAAGUCUGUUAGGGCCAAUCCUACUGCACUACCAAGGACAGAGAUUACUGGCCAUGAAUAGUCUAAUGGAAGUCAAUGACCUUACUUGCUGUAUAAGACAUACAAUGGUUUUACAGGGUGUAAGUGUUGAAGGAUCAGGCACUUAUCUAGAAACACCAAAGUUCAAAGUUCCAUGUGUGCUCCCCUAUAGUUGACACUACUACUCCUAAAGCAGUACAAAAAAUUAAGGCCACGCCCUGCCCUGCUUUAGUGAAGCUUACGUCAAUUAUUACAGAAGAACUACUGAACUUGCUCAUUGGCCAGUACAGAUCUUUUCAGAUCAACUCUAAAGAGUGUUUUUCUUUAAAUACAAAUGGAAGCUGUGACCCAAACUUAAAAAAAAAAAUUCCUGGAACAUUCAAAGGUAGAUGCCCUUUCUGAACUUACUUUCAUCAGUAGUCCAUCUUCAAUGGAAUUGCUUCAAAUACAAGUCUUGUCAACAUUUAUGCUACAUCCGUGUUAAGGACAUGCUUACAACAUGGUUGUCCCUCAACCUAAUUACAAACCUGGUCUGAUCAAGGAUUUAGCAUGAAUAAAAACGUAUUUCCAGCAAAAUCUAUAUUACAGUCUAUGGGGAACCAUAGCCCUAAUCCAGCAUCCAUUGAAAUCAAUGGAAAGAUAUCCCUUCACUAUGGUAGGCACUGGAUCAAGCCAAUGGUGUAAUCAGGUUAGUGACCAAAUGAGUUGUAAUCACAUGCCCUGACAUGACUGUCCGCUGUGUAGUACAGAUAUAGAGCUUUAAUGCUGCAGUAAACAGAAAUCACAAUCUGGCUCUUUGUCCUUAAUUUCCAGUUUAGGUACUUUUGUCAGAUAGCAGCAUGAGUUAAAGGCUUAUGCUAUGUCCAUCAGUACACUGGUUGUCCUGGCACGUCACAGUGCAUCAUUUAAUACUUUAACACCAUUUUUUAUUUGUAUCGCAAGGAGUUAAAUUUGUGCAGCUGCUGUAAAUCAAAAAUAAGAUGUUCUCAGGGUGAAAAAACAAAUUUGCCUCCUGCUUUAGGAGCCAUCAGAUUUAGCUGUACUGUUGUUGUUUUGUACAAUAAAAUACCAAUAUCAUAGUGCAAUACUCACUGCUGGGACUUAAAAAACUAGCUUUUGGAGGACAAGAAUGAUUUUAGGAAACCAGUUGUGAAAGAUGUUUUUAGGGUGCUAGUGAAAUAUUUUGAGAAUAAAAUAAAAAGGAAAGAAAAUAAAUCCCUGUGAAUAGUUUAAAUCAUGUUUAGAAAUAGGCAUCUGAAAAAUCUUAGGGAAGUAUAGAUAUAGAUCAAGAGGGAGAUGCAGUAGAAAAAACAAACUUCAAUAUAAUAUUAUGGCAGGUUUCUAUUUAUUAAUUUUAAUGAAUGAGUCAUGUUUUCUUAUAUCAAUCUCUAUAUCUUGUUCCAGAACUUUAAUGAAAAUACAGCUCAUGUGAGAUACUGUAGCAACGCAAGAAAGUUGUUUUUCUACCAGUAGGUUUGUUUGUGUGUUUGUUUGUUUUCCAUCUAGAAGCUAAAUACUGUAUUGGAUAGGAACACAGGAAUUAAUGAUAUUCUAUGCCUGUCUUUAUCAUUAUUUCUUGAUUCACCAUCUCGCAAUACUAUGUCAAAUUUAACCAUGGUUAAGUAUUGUUAUAAUAGAGUAAAAUGAUGCUGGACAUAUCUUCUCUUCCUUUUGCUAUUCUGUGUGGUGGUAUUUUGAUUUGUAAAUUUGUGUAAAUUUUGGAAUUAAAGAAACAUUGUGUUUUGGACA